AAUUAAAUGUAAUUGUUGACAUUGUUGUAUAGAAUCCGAAUCUCAUUUUAUAAGGCUACUCGUAACUUAAUCCACCAGAAUUCAGAAUCUUGUGAUAAGUGCAGGUAAAGUGACGGGUAUAGAAGUUUACUUUGGUUUGCAAAUAAAAUGAGUAUGCAGUCACCUGAAAACAAAGAAAAUACACAAUUUAUUCCUCCGCCUACUCCACUGCUUAAGAAAAUAGGAUUUGGCACAGGCGUUUCUGUAUAUCACCUCGAUCGUUCUCCUUGCAACCACACACUCCGAUCUCCUUGGGCACUGAAAACCGUAAACCGCCAGCACACUGCAUCUCACUUCCAGGAGCGGUUGGAAGCAGAAGCAAAAAUCCUGCAAGAGCUGAAUCACCCUAAUAUUGUCGGUUUUAGAGGUUUCACAAAGACUCAAGAUGGAAGAAAGGUACUUGCAAUGGAGGAAUGUAAUGAAUCUCUUGGUGAUCUGAUUGAAAGGUUGUCAGACAAAGGGGGAGUGAGAUUUGAGCCUGAAAAGAUCCUAGCUGUUGUGGGAGGAGUAGCAAAAGCAUUGAAAUACCUUCAUGAAGAUAAGGGACUGUUGCACGGAGAUUUGAAAUCCUUCAACGUUCUAAUCAAAGGGGACUUUGAAGAGGUAAAGCUGUGUGACUUUGGUGUGAGCUUGGACCUGACAACGGCCCGGGUGGAGGAUUACGUGGGGACUGGAGCUUGGAUGGCCCCUGAGGCUUUGGAAGAAGAGGGACCUGUCACAGAGAAGGCAGACAUAUUCUCUCUCGGUCUUGUAAUCUGGGAGAUGCUCACUCUGAAGAUACCCAACACAACUGACGACUACAACGAUGUCUCAUUGUCCGAAUCAUUCAACAGCAGCCUCAUCGAGUGUGAUCAGCAUUACGGUGAGACGCCCCCAUUGCCUGCAGGGCUCCCAACCAGGUACAGUCUGGUGACAGAGGUCUAUCAGUGGUGCACACAGCAAGAUCCUCGUCUCAGACCAAGAGCUAGAGACAUCCUAGCUGUAUUGGCUAGCAAUGGUGUGCCACUUGAGAAACAACCAGUUCAAAUCACUAUAUGAACUAUAAAAAAAAAUGCUCACUACUCGUGAUGUUGUUUCCUCCUGGAUUUCUUACAUGUGUUAUUCCUAUUGUUUUUUCUAAACCUUUUGAUAUUUAUUUAUGGAUGUGAUGUGAUUACUUGUUUGUUCAACAAACCAAGUGGUCGAAAGAUAGCUUUUAAAAGUUUUCAUAUAGUCAACUUUUAUUUUCUUGAAUAAACUGUAUUCUUUCCAAUUUACUGU